ACCUCUUAUUCUUAACCUAAAAUAACAUUAUUGAUAUUAUGUAUACAGACAUGGCACUGACAGCGCUAAUUAGAGGGCCUGGUGAUCKCAAGGCAGUUCAAUAUGAUCUUGCCAUACGCGCCCGAGUAAACACACUAAGUGUGGAUAGAAAAGAGGAGGUUUUGUUUUCACGUCGUUUCAAAUCGGUUUCUUUUGAAAAUUUACUGCUUGACAAAACAUUUUUCAAACAUUUUUUUCGUGUUUAGUCAACAACGUACUCGAUUACUUUGAUUUCUCGUUGAUAGCUGGUUUCCUGUAGUAACUAAGUGAGCAAGCACGUUUAGUAUCGAGCCUUCAGAGCGCUAUUUUAACAAGAAUAAUUCUUAAGAGUAAACAAGGUCGGACUAUAAGCAUCUCUUUCUGACGCAAGCAAAGAAACCAACAACGAUCGACUAAAGGAGCAGUAGUUUGAACUCAACCGCGAAACAAAGAUACGGUGGAUACUGCUGGAACAGUGACUCUUUUUUUUGGACGAGGAAGUUAGUGUGUUGUAAGUGAUUUGAUAAGUGAGAUGCUUUGGUGUCUAAGAGUAAUGAUAUAAUAACGACCUCUAUACUGUUGAUAACCAUAAAAACUUGAUAACAUUUCCGUAGUUCGUCCUUAUUAGUUCGCGGGCCAACGCCCUGCUAAACGAUUUCUCUCGCCUCUUCAUCAUUCUAUCACUCAACUGUGACAUUUUCAUAUCUGUUUUCACAGUUAACAGCAUAUUGUUGGUUAAAAGACUCUUACAAUGUCUUCGCGGUUCAGUAAUGGAGUCUACUACAUGUAUGGCUCGGUCAUCGUCGUCAUGUUUCUUCUGGGAUUUAGCUCUCAGUGCAUUGCACUGCGAAUCUUUACAACCAAAGACUUCAAGCAAAAACCUCUCAACAAGCUCUUCCUCAACUUAGCAGUAGCUAACUUGGUUCURAUUAUAAUGGAAUUUCCUCUCAGUUUACUGUCAAUGAUGACAAGUUCGCUGGUUUUUGGUCAAAUCGGUUGCACAAUACGUGGUUUUAUAGCUGGUGUCUCCAGUCUUACUAUGAUCACUACGUUAUAUUGCUUUACUGCACGAAUCAUGGUAUUGGUACAGCUAGAUGACACACGUGAAAACCCAUCUAAAGCAUCUCUAGGAAAGCUAAAAGACACUACACUAGUUAUACUAUCAUGGUUAUUUUCGGUGGUUUGCAUGUCUCCCCCUUUGUUCGGAUGGAGCGAAAUCACGGUUGAGCCAGGUGGACUGAAUUGCGCGCCGAAUUGGGCGGCUGAAGACCCAAGUGAUCAGGCAUAUUUGAUGUUAUUGAUAUUAUUUGGGUACGUUAUUCCUGUAGGAUUAUUAGGCAAUCACUUUGUACGUCUUUGGAACGAUGUUUACUACAUAGGACACCAACCACGGCCUUUACAUGACAUUCAAGUCAAGAUUCGCUUUAGGGUUAUGGUCAAAGUGGUGAUAAUAAGUACAGCGAUAUUCUCAUUCUUAUGGUUACCCUAUAGUGUAUUUGGACUCGUUUCAAUAUUAGGAAAAGCAGACUGGUUAAAUAACAACCCUGCAGCAUUUAUUCCUCCUCUGGUCGGCAAAGUUAGCAGUUUGUACUGUCCUGUCAUGUACACUGUCCUCAGCAGAAGGUUUCGUWURGCGUUCUUAAAACGGAUUGGUGUYAAAACAGCAACAAGACAAACUAAGAUAUAUCCCGCGAAAAAAGUAGAAUGAUCAUUUAAUAUUUGAACACUGGCGCCGCAUAUGCUGAGAUCACAGGGAUUUUAUCAACAUAAUGGGAAAAAAGUUAAGAAAUCAAAAACAAUUAAGUUAAAAAUAUAAUUAAAAAAUACAUGUAAAAAUGUGUACAAAGUUAUAAAUUGGCCAACAAACGCUGUAUAUAUGCUAUAAUUAUAAUAAAAUAAAUCAUUUUGCAAAAUUUUGUUAAUUUAUGUGAAUUAUUCUUUAC